GCCCAGUGGGUGGGGGAGCUUCCGUCACAGCACUUCCGGCUCCAGCCUCCCAACCGGCCUCCGUCGCUCUCCACUUCCCUCUUCUCAGCUCUCUUCCCUUGCCCCUACUGUCUCCUUUAACAGUCACGUGAGGGAUGCGCGCGGGGGCAGCUGGGAGUAGUACUGCCGGUUGGUCAGCGUUCGGCCUCAACAUGGCGGUUCCGGCCGGGCAGUGACCAAGGUUUUGCCGUCCGAAGGACUAAGUGGUGACUCUCGGCGUCUCCACCUAUCGGGGUGGAAUGCGAGCACGCGGAGACGAGCGCUGAGGAUCGGCGGCGACGGAAAGGGGGGGUUCAGUGGAUUGUGCCCCAGAAACCGAAGCAGCGGCGCCUGUUCCUUCUACUUGUCUCUAGGCUCCAGUGCGUUCGGGGCCCCGCCCGGCCGGGCCAGGCCGGCGGGCGGCGGCGGUAGCUGCUGCAGCCGCAGGAUCACCUCUCAGGGUGGGCCGGAGGGUCGGCGCCGCCGCUGCCUCUGCCGCGGCGAUGGCCCAGUGUGUACAAUCAGUGCAGGAGCUAAUCCCGGACUCCUUCGUCCCCUGUGUCGCUGCGCUGUGCAGCGACGAAGCCGAGCGGCUCACUCGUCUCAAUCACCUCAGCUUCGCGGAGCUGCUUAAGCCCUUCUCCCGCCUCACUUCCGAGGUUCAUAUGAGAGAUCCUAAUAAUCAACUUCACGUAAUUAAAAAUUUGAAGAUAGCAGUAAGCAACAUUGUCACCCAGCCACCUCAGCCUGGAGCCAUCCGGAAGCUUUUGAAUGAUGUUGUUUCUGGCAGUCAACCUGCAGAAGGAUUAGUAGCUAAUGUGAUUACAGCAGGAGAUUAUGACCUUAACAUCAGUGCCACUACUCCAUGGUUUGAGUCUUACAGAGAAACCUUUCUUCAGUCGAUGCCAGCAUCGGAUCAUGAAUUUCUGAACCACUAUUUAGCAUGUAUGUUGGUAGCGUCAUCUAGUGAAGCUGAACCUGUGGAACAGUUUUCAAAGUUGUCACAAGAACAGCAUCGAAUUCAGCACAACAGUGAUUAUUCCUACCCCAAGUGGUUCAUACCAAAUACACUUAAAUAUUAUGUACUUUUACAUGAUGUAAGUGCAGGAAAUGAACAAAGAGCUGAAUCAAUUUAUGAAGAAAUGAAACAGAAAUAUGGAACUCAGGGUUGCUAUUUACUUAAAAUUAAUUCUCGAACGUCUAAUCGAGCAUCAGAUGAACAGAUACCAGAUCCUUGGAGUCAGUAUCUCCAGAAAAAUAGUAUUCAAAACCAGGAAUCAUAUGAAGAUGGCCCUUGUACUAUGACUUCAAAUAAGAAUUCUGAUAAUAACUUGCUUUCAUUGGAUGGAUUAGAUAACGAAGUCAAAGAUGGCUUGCCAAAUAACUUUAGAGCUCACCCACUUCAGUUGGACCAAUCCAGUGACCCUUCUAACAGUAUUGAUGGCCCAGAUCAUGUAAGAUCUGCUUCAUCGUUACAUGAAACAAAGAAAGGAAAUAUUGGAAUAAUUCAUGGUGCAUGUUUAACACUUACUGAUCAUGAUAGAAUUCGACAGUUUAUACAAGAGUUCACCUUUCGGGGCCUUUUGCCACAUAUAGAGAAAACAAUUAGGCAAUUAAACGAUCAGCUAAUAUCAAGAAAAGGUUUGAGUCGAUCUCUAUUUUCUGCAACUAAAAAAUGGUUUAGUGGCAGUAAAGUUCCAGAAAAGAGCAUUAAUGAGCUGAAAAAUACAUCUGGCUUGCUGUAUCCCCCAGAAGCACCAGAACUUCAAAUCAGGAAAAUGGCUGACUUAUGUUUUUUGGUGCAGCAUUAUGAUUUGGCUUACAGUUGCUAUCAUACUGCAAAGAAAGAUUUUCUUAAUGAUCAAGCAAUGCUUUAUGCAGCUGGUGCCUUGGAAAUGGCAGCAGUGUCUGCUUUUCUUCAACCAGGAGCACCUAGGCCAUAUCCUGCUCAUUACAUGGAUACAGCAAUUCAGACAUACAGGGAUAUCUGCAAGAAUAUGGUGUUGGCAGAAAGAUGUGUGUUGCUUAGUGCUGAACUUUUAAAAAGCCAAAGCAAAUAUUCAGAGGCUGCAGCUCUCCUAAUACGGUUGACCAGUGAGGAUUCUGAUCUUCGAAGUGCACUUCUUUUGGAACAGGCGGCACAUUGCUUUAUAAACAUGAAAAGUCCCAUGGUUAGAAAAUAUGCAUUUCAUAUGAUACUGGCAGGCCAUCGAUUUAGUAAAGCAGGGCAGAAAAAGCAUGCUUUACGCUGUUAUUGUCAAGCCAUGCAAGUUUAUAAAGGAAAAGGCUGGUCUCUUGCAGAGGAUCACAUUAACUUCACUAUUGGGCGCCAGUCCUAUACUCUUAGACAACUGGACAAUGCUGUGUCUGCUUUUAGGCAUAUUUUAAUCAAUGAAAGUAAACAAUCUGCUGCUCAACAAGGGGCUUUCCUCAGAGAAUAUCUUUAUGUUUACAAGAAUGUAAGUCAGCUGUCACCAGAUGGUCCUUUGCCACAGCUUCCUUUACCAUAUAUUAACAGUUCAGCAACACGGGUUUUUUUUGGCCAUGACAGACGACCAGCAGAUGGUGAAAAACAAGCAGCUACUCAUGUAAGUCUUGAUCAAGAAUAUGAUUCUGAAUCCUCUCAGCAGUGGCGAGAACUUGAGGAACAAGUUGUUUCUGUGGUUAACAAAGGAGUAAUUCCAUCCAAUUUUCAUCCCACACAAUACUGUUUGAACAGUUACUCAGAUAAUUCAAGAUUUCCACUUGCUGUUGUAGAAGAACCAAUUACAGUAGAAGUGGCUUUUAGAAACCCUUUGAAAGUUCCACUUUUGUUGACUGAUUUGUCAUUACUUUGGAAGUUUCAUCCUAAAGAUUUCAGUGAAAAGGAUAAUGAAGAAGUUAAACAACUAGUUACAAGUGAACCUGAAAUGAUUGGAACUGAAGUUAUUUCAGAGUUCUUAAUUAAUGGCGAAGAAUCAAAAGUGGCAAGACUAAAGCUCUUUCCCCAUCACAUAGGGGAGCUGCAUAUUCUGGGAGUUGUUUAUAAUCUUGGCACUAUUCAGGGCUCUAUGACAGUAGAUGGCAUUGGUGCUCUUCCCGGAUGUCACACAGGAAAAUAUUCCUUGAGUAUGUCAGUCCGAGGGAAGCAGGAUUUAGAAAUUCAAGGUCCUCGACUUAACAACACAAAAGAAGAGAAAACAUCUGUUAAAUAUGGCCCUGAUCGACGUUUAGAUCCCAUAAUCACAGAAGAAAUGCCACUGUUAGAGGUAUUCUUUAUACAUUUUCCUACAGGGCUCCUCUGUGGAGAAAUCCGAAAAGCAUAUGUAGAAUUUGUCAAUGUCAGCAAAUGUCCACUUACUGGAUUGAAGGUUGUUUCUAAACGUCCAGAGUUCUUUACUUUCGGUGGUAAUACUGCUGUUCUAACACCACUGAGUCCCUCAGCUUCUGAGAAUUGUAGUGCUUACAAGACUGUUGUGACAGAUGCUACCUCUGUGUGUACAGCACUCAUAUCAUCAGCUUCUUCUGUAGACUUUGGCAUUGGCACAGGAAGUCAACCAGAGGUGAUUCCUGUUCCCCUUCCUGACACUGUUCUUCUACCUGGAGCCUCAGUGCAGCUGCCGAUGUGGUUACGUGGGCCUGAUGAAGAAGGUGUCCAUGAAAUUAACUUUUUGUUUUACUAUGAAAGUGUCAAAAGGCAGCCAAAAAUACGGCACAGAAUAUUAAGACACACUGCGAUUAUUUGUACCAGUCGGUCUUUAAAUGUACGGGCCACUGUCUGCAGAAGUAAUUCUCUUGAAAAUGAAGAAGGCAGAGGAGGCAAUAUGCUAGUCUUUGUGGAUGUGGAAAAUACCAAUACUAGUGAAGCAGGUGUUAAGGAAUUCCAUAUAGUGCAAGUAUCAAGUAGUAGCAAACACUGGAAGUUACAGAAAUCUGUAAAUCUUUCUGAAAACAAAGAUGCCAAACUUGCCAGUAGGGAGAAGGGAAAGUUUUGCUUUAAGGCAAUCAGAUGUGAGAAAAAAGAAGCGGCCACACAGUCCUCUGAAAAAUAUACCUUUGCAGAUAUCAUCUUUGGAAAUGAACAGAUAAUAAGUUCAGCAAGCCCGUGUGCAGACUUCUUUUAUCGAAGUUUAUCUUCUGAAUUGAAAAAACCACAAGCUCACUUGCCUGUGCAUACAGAAAAACAGUCAACAGAGGAUGCUGUGAGAUUGAUUCAAAAAUGCAGUGAGGUGGAUUUGAAUAUUGUCAUAUUAUGGAAGGCAUACGUUGUGGAAGAUAGUAAACAGCUUAUUUUGGAAGGUCAACAUCAUGUUAUUCUUCGCACUAUAGGAAAAGAAGCCUUUUCAUAUCCUCAGAAACAGGUAAGUUGCAGACAUCCUGUCACUCUGUCCCUGGAUAUAAUGCUUCAUUGAGUAUUCCUAAGAAGAAAGACAAGACAGACAAAUCUCUUACAUUAAAAAAAAAAAAAAAACUACAACAUUACCACAUUCAGGAAGUUUAACAUCGAUGCAGUACUCUUCUAUAUAAUCCAUAUUCAAAUGCCAUCAAAGGUUUUAAUUCCAUCCAUGUGACUAUUUGCUCUUUUCUAUGCAAGAUCUAGUUUAGGAUCAUGCUUUGCAUUCAGUUGUUAUAUCUCUUUAGUCUCCUUUAAUCUGAAACAGUUUCUUAGCCUUUAUUUGUUGAUUAUGACAUUGACAUUUUUGAAGAGCUUGGGCCAGUUAUUUUCUAGAGUAUACUUCUUUGGGUUUUUCUCGUGUCUCCUCAUGAUUAGAUUAAGUUUAUACUAAGUGAUGUGUUGCGUAAGAAAGCGCAUGAUGUUAAUUUGUCUCAUGAUCAGUAUUGGAUCAUUUAAGGUGGUGCCAUGUGUCUUCACAGUCAAGUUACUGUUUUUCCUUUCAUAAUAAUAAAUAAUUUGUGCGGAGAUAAUUUGUGGUGGUAUAAAUGUCUGGUUUCUUUCUUUCUUUCUUUUUUUGGAGACAGAGUCUCGCUCUGUCACCAGGCUGGAGUGCAGUGGCACAAUCUCGGCUCACUGCAAGGUUGCAGGUAUUCUUUUAAGGCCAUUGUUCAUGUGUUUUCCUCCUGACAGGUGGUAUAUAGAAAUGUAUUCAGUAUAAUUUAGAAAUCUCAAAUAAAAAGCUUGUAUUUUUUUGGUGACUUGAAUACAUAAAUAAUACAUUUUUGAACUUUUUACUGAAAUGUAACAUAAGUACAGAAAAGUAAAUAGCUUAUUCGAUUUUCGUAAACUGAAGAACGCUCCAAACGAGGACCCAGAUCAAGAACUAGAACCUAACCAGCACCCCAGAAGUUCUGCAUUUGUUCCAUUCCAAUCAGAAAUCUUUCUCUUCCAGACCAAACUUCUAGUCAUUUCUUUCUGACUUAUAAGUCAAAAGCAAAGCUACUUCUUUUGAAUUUAUGUAAAUAGUCAUACAAUAUAUACCUUAGCUUCUUUUAUUCAACUUCUGUGUUGGUGAAGUUUACCCAUAUUGUUUGGUAUACUUGUAGUUUUUUUUAUUUGCAGCAAAAAUUUCAUCUUAAAACUUACUGACUAUUCUCCAAUAAAAGGAACCAGAGUUCCUUGGAAAAAUCCUUGAUUCUAGGGCUGGAGCAGAGAAAAUGCAAGAUGAGCCAGAAGAUUUUAUGAUACUGGAAAGUAAGGAUAUGUACCCGAACUGAUUGAGAGCAUACUGAAUUUGUGUUUCUUACAGGUUACAAAGUGGCUUUUAUUCUCCUUUGGUCCUCAUACUCUGUAAGCAAGGCAGGUAGAAUUACCCCCAUUUUACAAAUGAGACUCUGUGAAAUAAGUACAGCUAUAAUAUUUCAUAAUAAUUGUCAGUUUUAAAAUUGUCUGAGAGAAAAUAGAAAUCUGUUGAUUGAGGAUGUGUAAUUUAUCAGUUUUCACAUUGUUCCAUCCAUCCCUCAGGUAGACUUACUUAUUGAGGUUGAAUUUGUUUGCUUUAUUUACUAUUUUACUACAACCUCUUGGGAUAGUGCUACCACAUAAUAAGUACUUGGUAAUUAUUAAAUGAACAAAUAAAGAAAGCUGAGUUACCAAAUUCAUUCCACUGCAUUAAGAAACCAAAAAUAUUUUAACCAGAUAUGAGUGGCUCUGUCAUACUAAUAGUUUGCACACAAAUAGAUAGUACACAGUAAGCUUUAAGAUUACAACUUUCAACAUUGCAGUUCUGUAAUCAGCAUGUCUUUUAAUUUUUGUUGUGCCUUAUAAAGGAUAAAUAUAGGGAAUGCUAUGCACAAAAUUAUUUUACCAAUGCAACAACAAAAUCUGUUUUAUUUAGCACAUAUUCUAUUUCCAUAACUUAUAUGUGUGCUUAUGUUGUGCAUUUAUUACAUAUUAAGUUCAUGUAAAUAUUCAUUCAGCUCACUUAAUGAAUGGUAAAAUUUUAACCAAAAAAGAAAAAAGACAGAAGAGGUGAUAUUGUUUAAUAAACUACAGGUUUCAUUGAGUGGUUGUUAUAAUUAUAAAAAUAAAGGAAUUAUAAUUUCCCUUUUGUUAUCUUUAAAUAUUUAAGAGCCUGCUAAAUUGGUUGUAUUGCAGAUUAAUAUACAACCCGUAAGUUUAAAGUGUUUUAGAAACAUUUUUCCUUAAGAAUUUAUAAAAGGAAAGUCUUU